AUGUCAUUUUAUCAGCAGUCAGAUGAAUCAACAACCAAUACAUCUAUAAAUAAUGAAAGCUCAUUAUUUAUACGGAAUAAAUAUACUAGUUCGGAGCAAACUCAAUUACCACAAACUUCUAAAUUUGAUCAAUUUCGAACUAUAGACUGGGUUGAAGAUGAACUAGAUGAACAAAAGCAAAGAAUACUAAAAAUAAGGACAAUACAUAGUCAAAGUAUAAAUUUCAAAGAUAAAAUAUUGCCACAAAUACAAAAUUGGGUCAUACUUGCCAUAAUGGGGAUUAUAAUUGGUUUAAUUGCAGGGUGUUUGAAUAUUAUUACUUCAUGGUUAUCAAAUAUCAAAACAGGACAUUGUUCUUCUAAUUUUUACCUAAAUCAAGCAUUUUGUUGUUGGGGAUAUGAAGAUGAAGAAAAAUGUAAUAAUUGGUCAAAAUGGACACAAUUUGAAUUUAUAAACUAUGUUAUAUAUGUUUUAAUAUCAUUAUUUAUGGCUGGUAUAUCUGCUAAACUUGUUCAAUUUUAUGCUCCAAAUGCAGCUGGUUCAGGUAUAUCUGAAAUUAAAUGUAUUGUAUCUGGUUCUGUAAUGGAUGGAUUUUUAGGUUGGAAAACUUUAGUUAUUAAAAGCUUAGGUCUUCCAUUAGCUAUUGGUUCUGGAUUAAGUUUAGGUAAAGAAGGUCCCAGUGUUCAUUAUGCUGUUUGUGUAGGUAAUUCAAUUGCCAAAUUAAUUGAAAAAUAUAGAAAAUCAGCAUCAAAAGGUAGAGAAUUUUUAACUGCUACUUCUGCAGCUGGUGUUGCUGUUGCUUUUGGAUCUCCAAUGGGUGGUGUAUUAUUUUCGGUUGAAGAGAUAAGCUCAAUUUUUCAAUUAUCUACAUUAUGGAAAUCAUAUUUUUGUGCAUUAAUUGCAGUUACUACAUUAGCAGCAAUGAAUCCAUUUAGAAAUGGUCAAUUAGUAUUAUUUGAAGUUAGUUAUGAUACAAAUUGGCAUUAUUUUGAAAUACCAGUAUAUAUUAUACUAGGUAUUUUUGGUGGAAUUUAUGGAAUACUAGUGCCGAAAUUUAAUAUCAGGGUGGUUUCAUUUCGAAAAAGAUAUCUUGCUAAUUUUGCAAUUAGAGAAGUUUUAAUUUUAACUUUAUUAACUACUAGUUUUUCAUAUUUUAAUCAAUUUUUAAAAAUUGACAUGACCGAAUCAAUGCAAAUAUUAUUUCAUGAAUGUGACAAGACUUUUGCUCAUCCAAUUUGUGAUCCAAAUAGAAAUAAAGCUGGUAUAUUAGUAUCUUUAUUAUUUGCAACAGUGGCUAGAAUGGGUCUUACAAUUAUAACUUAUGGCUGUAAAGUACCUGCUGGAAUUUUUGUUCCUUCAAUGGCUGCUGGUGCUUGUUUUGGAAGAGCGAUGGGUAUUAUUGUUGAUUUCAUAUAUCGAAAAUAUCCAGAUUCAUCAAUAUUUCAAGCUUGUCAUGUUGAUGAGACUUUAAAUGGAAAAUGUAUUAUACCUGGUACUUACGCAUUUCUUGGUGCAGCUGCUGGAUUAUGUGGAAUUACAGAUUUGACAGUGACGGUAGUUAUUAUAAUGUUUGAAUUAACUGGUGCAUUAAGAUAUAUUGUUCCUACAAUGAUUGUAGUUGCAAUUACAAAAAGUAUAACUGAUAAAUGGGGCAAAGGUGGGAUUGCAGAUCAAAUGAUUGAAUACAAUGGAUUACCAUUGAUUGAUUCAAAGAAAGAAUUUAAAUUUGGUGUGAAUGUAGAUCAAGCAAUGACAAAAGAGACUAUUACAUUUUCAAUGGAUCAUAAUGAUACUAUUACAUAUAAUGAAAUUCGUCAAAUAUUUCAAAAAUCAGACAUUAAAGGAUUUCCAAUCAUUUAUUCUUCAUUAAAUCCAAAAAUUUAUGGUUAUAUAUCGAGACAUGAUAUAAAUUAUAUAUUAACUAAUUAUUUUCAUGAUAAAUUAGAUGAAAAAAUUGAUUUCUCAGAACCAUUAUUCCAAUCAAUAAUUAAUAAAUCACCAUUAAGAAUCAAUAUAGAAACUACGUUAGAAUACGUGCUUGAUAUAUUUGUCAAACUCGGUCCUAGAUAUAUUUUAAUUGAAGAUGAUCUGAAUCUUGUAGGUAUAAUUACAAGGAAAGAUAUACUACGAUACUCAAUCAUAUUUCAUCAUAAAGUAGAUUCAGUUACCGAAAUGAGAGAAAAAGAAAUAGAGGAAAAAGUGUGGGAAUUUAUGAAUCUACUAUCGACUUCAGCAAGGAAGAAUUUAGGUAAACUUAUAUAUAAUGAUGCAAAUAGAUUUCUAUAA